GGACGCGGACCAGUCUCGGAGCUUGCAUUACGUUCUUUCCCAUCACCAGUAACCGGCUGUCCAGUGACGAACUUCUCCUGGUGCUCGUAACGUUUCUACUGUAAUCACCUAUAGCGUAAGGGCCGGCGAGACAGCGCAGCGAUGGCUGUGGCGGAGACGGCGUCGUGGCUGCAGCGGACCUCUACCCUGCUCGCCCCUGGACCCUGGCAGUGGGCGUGGCUUUCUCCGUGGGCGUGGCUCUUCUCGUCAGAGGUCGCCAGCGCAUACGCCGCCUACAACGCCUCUGCCGUCAGCAACUCCACAGACCUCGAGCUGCGUGCCGAGGCGCCGCCCAGCCCGUCGGCGCUGGCCCUGUACGAGCACCUGUCGCUGCCGGUGCCACUACCCUCCGCCGCGCACCUGGGGCUCGCCACCGGCCUGCUGCUGGCGCUCUUCUUCAACGCGCGCCGAGACGCCUUCAAGGAGCGGAAGCGCGCGGAGGCGUGGGCGGUGCGGGUGGCGUGCAGCGCGGCGUGGGUGGCGGGGGCGGCGGCGGCGCUGCCGGGGGCGGCGGCGCUGGUGGCGGCGUGCGCGCUCUACCGCCGCCUGGCGGCCGCCGUGCUCGCCUGCACCACCGGCCGAGACUUCGCAGGGCUGCUCGCCGGGCCCGACGCCGUCUGGGCCGUCGAGGACGACGCCGCGCGCUCCGUCAUCAACGUGCUCGCCACGCUGCAGUUAGACAGAGAGACUGUUCACGCGGUGUGUGGGCAGGUGGAGGACGACGGCGUGGACGGGGCUCAGCUGCUGCGCCAUCUGCGGUCGCUGCUGCUGGAGCGUCUGCAGAGCGGCGCGCUGCCCGAGAAGCUGCUGCUGCUGCGCCGCCACUCGCCGCUGGGCUACUUCUACUGGCAGCGACGGCCGCAGCCGCUGCGCCUCGACGCCGUCGUCCGCGAGCACGUCCGCUUCCUCGACGACGAAGACGACCUCGACGAGGACGCCGCCAGGUCAGUGGCGCGAGCGCAGAGCUUGCUGGAGCACCUGCGACUGCAGCAGAGCGCCGGCGUGUGCAGGUUGGGCGGCAGGCGGCAGCACGGGGUUGGCGGCCAGUGGUGCUGGCUGGGGGCGCUGCGGCGCCGCCUGUGCGAGCUGGCGAACGCGCCGCUGCCGCAGGGCCACGCCGCCGGCUGGGAGGUGCUCGUCAGCGCCGCGCCCCUGGCCGCCGGGCCCGCCGACGCCGGCCAGGACCCGCUCACCGCCAUGGAGGAAGGUCUGCCGGAAGGCGUAGUCGGGGGCGGUUUCCGGGUGUUCCCGGUUCUUCUGAGGGUGCACCACUCGCUGGGAGAUGGCGUGGCCCUCCUGCACCUGCUGACGCACGCGCUCUCAGGCUCCCCACAGUCGUCUCCACCGUCGACGCCGCCCCCGCCGGCCUCGGAAGCGAGCUUCUUCCAGCGGACGUCCUGCACGCCCGGCGACGGCCGCGCCACGCCCAUCAUCUGCCAGGUGCCGACGCUGCGUGCCAUGCCGGCCACGACCAACGCGUGGCCGCCGCAGCCGCCGGCGUCGCUCAGCACCGAGACGGAGCACGCGCCGCCGGUCGCCGCUCUCCGGCCUCGCUCCCCAGCUCCAGCGCCGGAUCCGGCUCCAGGCGACAGGGAGAGGGACUUGGCCGUGUGGGUGGAGGCGGCCCGGCGCUCCUCCCCCGCGGCGUGGGCGCCUCCGCGUCCGGCCACCCCCGGCCUCCGCGACAGCUCGGCGCCGGGCUCUCGUCCGGCGACGCCCUUCCACUCUGCGCCGAGCUCGCGGCCCGCGACGCCCUUCCAGUGCUUCAUCGACGCCGCGGGCGACGCCGUGUCGUUCACGGCCGCGGUCAACAGCAGGUGUCCCACGCAGGUGGGGGCCGGGCAGUGCCCCGCGGGGGACGGCAGCCGCCCCACGUCCCCCCUGGCGCCCCCGGACUCCCCCGUGAAGCGGCCGGCGUCGCCCGUGCCGCCCUACAUCCCGGGCGUGCCCGCUUCGCCCGUCCGCCGGCCCCCGCGGAGGGUCCUCAACGGCCAGACCCCUCACCGGCCGUACAGCCCCAGUGCUCCGGCACUCACCAGACUGCACUGCUACAGCGGCGGCGCCGCCGCCUUCGCGGACGACCUCUGCGACAGCAGCUGCGGGCUCGACAGUCGCGGGGGUACCACCGUAUACUACUACAGCGCGACCGACGGCAGCUGCAGGAAGCUGACGAGGAACUUCUCUCACGAUGACGAGCGCUCCAUUGCUCCCGACACGCCCGAGAGAACCAAGUCCAAAAACUUGGCGCGAUCCGUUUCCUUCGGCCCUGUCGAGGUUUUGGACGGCUCUGACAAGGAAACUCUCCCGCAGACGUCAAUCAUCGAGCAGGAAGUGAACCGGAACAACAACGAUACCGAGACGGCUGCAGUACUUGAAGUUCACAACAGUCCAGUCAAGAAAGUUAAUUUCGAAGACAGUCCCGAAGCAAAAAAGGAGAUCGCCGUCGAUGACGCACCGCAGAAACCGUCGUUGCUCGUGCCGGCCGUAAAAGUAGAAGAAGUGUCUCUCCAACCUGGUACUGAAACUGAAGCAGCCCAAGUGACCACAAUACAGGCUCAGCAGAUGGAGCCGCGUAACAAGGAUCUGCCUACUGGAGGACGGCAGAAGAGCUCUGAAUGCAAGGCUAGGCAACUUCCGAAGUUCAAGCUCGUUCCUGAAGGUGGUCAACUCCUGCGCGUAGAAGCGCAGCUUAUGACCGCAAAUGGUGCUUCGGGCAGCCCGUACGCGCCGCUGCUGCAGGCGAUCAGCGAGUCCAGCCGCAGCCGGCCCGCCGGCGCUCUGGAGGCGGCUCGCGGCGCCUGCUCGCUGCUUCUGACGCCGGCGGCGCUGCUGCAGCAGGCGCUGCUGCACGCCGACCACCAGCUGCCCUGCCCCGCCGGACAGCUCUCCGGGGACAAGGUGGUGACGUGGCUGUCGGAGCCGCGGCUGCUGGAGGCGGUGCGGCGCGUGCGGCGGCGCGAGUGCGCGCGCUUCACGGACGUGCUGCUGGCGGCGCUGGCGGCGGCGCUCGACCGCCGGCUGGGCCCGCGCGCGCCGCGCUGCGCCACCGUCGUGCUGCCCGCCCGCGUCGCCGCCCCCGAGGACCGGCCGCGCCCCGCCGCCACCGACGUCUCCAGCUUCCUGGACAGCCCGGGCCCGCGGCCGCCGCUCCAGAACCGCUUCUCCGUGGGCCUGCUGCCGCUGCCGCUGGCCGGCGCCUCGCGCCUGCCGCCCAACCGCCGCCUCCGAGAGGUCGCGCGGCGCUCGCGUCUCCUUCGCGCGUCGCCGGACUACCAGGUGAACUGGUGGCUGAUGCGAGUUGCGGCUAGUGUGCUGCCGACAGGGCUGCUGGGACCCGCGCUGCGAAGCACGCGCUCCAGCCUCGUGGUGAGCAACUUACAAGGGCCGGACCACCGCGUGCGCAUCGCUGGGCACGAGGUGCGAGACCUCGUCUUCUGGGUGCCCAACAGGGGCUCCAACGGAAUGGGUGUGAGCAUUCUGAGCUAUGCUGGUGGGCUGCAGCUGGGACUACAGCUGGACAAGGCCGUGGCACUGGGACCAGAUGAUGAGGCACGGCUGCUAACAGUUGUCGCUGCAGAGAUACACCGUAUGGAUGCCGCCAGUCGUGCUGACCACUGAGAUGGAGUAUUCAGCAUCCAGGUCUGCACUUCCCAGGGCCACACAUGUUCACUGCAUUUCCAUUUCUUUCUCUCUAUGCAGCCAAGCCAUCCAGAGCAUACCUGCAGUUAUCACAGUAGCCUUGCAGUAACAUUAAAGAAUAAAAUAUUUUUAAAAAUAGUCAAGGAAUGUGACUUCUGCCAUGAGAAUGAGAACCCAUGUGCAACUUGACCAAUGGCAUCAUCAUAAAAGUAGCUUCUUUAUGUGUCCCUAACACUUAACUUCAUUCCAGUUCCAAGAUCUCCAUCUACAACUGUACUGUACAGACCUUUAUUAAGUGCAAUUGUACCAAUAUUUAGAUUUCUUCCUGUUUCAUUCAUGGAUGGAACAUGGGAAGACUGUUUAUAUAAUUCUGUGUAAUAUGUUGUAGUUUUUAUGUUUAUCUUCACUGGCCCUAUGACACACAUAUGUGUAUGAAGAAUAUUCAUAGCUUUCAAUUUAAAAACUAGUUUUUGGAAUUUAGUAAGUAGGCUUUUGCAUGGUUCCAGGUACCUAAAAGCUGAGAUUCUGGAACAUGUGUGAAACUAACUCAUGAGCAUUUGUGCUGCAUUUCUCUGUUCCUGAUUAAUGAGCCUGUUAGUAUAACCUGACAACUGUCAGUCAUGUAAUCUGGUUUGUAGACAAAUUUCAGUUUCCUUAAAUCCUUACCAAUGGUC